CGGCGGACAAGACUCACGUUGCCCAACUGUGUCAAGCGCACCGGAAUACUCGGCGAUUUAGUUUGGUGACAGCGUCCUAAUUAAACAUUGUUUCAACACCACCAGAGAAUCAAAUCACGGGGAAACUCACCGAAGUGGCGACACGCAUGCUGUGGAAAAGAUACAGCCAGUCCUGCAUUUGCAGCAUUUCGCACAGAUGGAAGGACCUGUUUAGCGCCUCCACAUGGAACCCAUUCUGACUGCUUACCAUAUGAAGACCUCUGCUGACCAGUGUGAUUGGAUCCAUUUCCACUGAUGUGUGACCAAAGCCAAGAGAUGCUCGGCGGGGACAGCGGCCCAGAUGGGGAGGAGCCUGCUUUAACAGGAGAAAAGGGUUUGCAGGACAGAGGCGCUCAAUCUGAAUGUGUCCGAGGGGAUGACAGCGGAGGGUCGGGUGGAGACGUGGGUCAGGAAGAUGAGGAGAUGACAAGUGGAUCGCACAACCUCUCCUCAGACAAUCCCAGCCCUGGUAGCGCCACAGGAUCCACUUCCACAAAGAGCAGUGUGAAUGCCGAUGGCGGCAAAGGUCACACCCACAAACAGGUGAUGAACACAGUGGCUGAGAUGAAGAAGAGGCUUCCAUCCGACAAACGCAGCCGCAGCAAAGCGAGCACUGUAGAAGCCUUACAUUACGCCCUCAAGUGUGUCAAGCAGGUGCAAGCCAACAGUGAGUACUAUAAACUGCUGAUGCGAAACGGCCAGAAUGAGAGGAGGGAUGCCACCGUUUGCACUCCUGAAGAGUUGGAGAGAGUGACAUCUGAACACAACCUGAAGAAUACGGACUCCUUUGUGGCGGUGUUCUCCCUGUCGAGCGGCCGUGUUCUGCACGCGUCCGAGCAGGCGCCCGGCAUCCUGUGCUGCAAAAGGAAGUUUCUGGAGUCGGCCAAGUUUGUGGAGCUCCUCUUCCACCAAGAUGUGAACGUUUUCUACUCGCAUACUGCACAGCCGCAUCUACCGCCCUGGACAAACUCACACACAGCGGGGGUUCUAUUUGACAGUGCCCAAGUCAAAUCCUUCUUCUGCAGAAUCAGGGGUGGGAAAGACCCUGAGGGGGAGAUGCGCUACAACCCUUUUCGAAUCACACCCUACCUGCUGAAAGUGCACGGAACUGGAAGCAGCGGGAAGGGGGAAGAACCGUGCUGCUUGGCCCUGGCUGAACGCAUCAUUUCAGGAUAUGAGGCACCUCGAAUCCCCAUGGACAAGCGCAUCUUCACGACCACCCACUCACCUGGAUGUGUAUUCCUCGAAGUGGACGACAGGGCCGUGCCACUGCUAGGAUACCUCCCUCAAGAACUGAUUGGCACGUCGUUGCUCACUUGCAUUCACCCAGAGGACUGUCCACUAAUGCUAUCAAUGCACCGAAAGGUGUUAAAGUACGCAGGUCAGUCACCGUUUGAACACUCGCCGGUGCGUAUGCGCUGCCAGAAUGGUGACUACAUCACGUUGGACACCAGCUGGUCCAGCUUCAUCAACCCUUGGAGCCGCAAAGUGGCCUUCAUCAUCGGACGGCACAAAGUCCGAACGAUUCCGCUAAAUGAGGAUGUGUUUGCUGCUCAAAUUAAAGGAGAUGUACCUGUCACCCAUGAGGCAAUUAAAGGUUUACAGGCCAAGAUCUAUAAGCUCUUCCUGCAGCCUGUCCAUAACAACGGUUCCAGCGGUUACGGCAGUCUGGGAAGUAAUGGUUCUCACGAGCAUUACAUCAGCGUAGCUUCUUCCAGCGACAGCAAUGGGAACAUGUGGGAGGACACCCACCGGGAACCUAUGACUCUUCAGCAAAUCUGUGCUGACGUGAACCGAGCCAAGAAUUGGGGGAAGCAGGCAUAUUUUGAUUCCAAAAACAAAGUUGGACAUGGUAAACCAGCGCCAGGUAAGACACUCACACAAAAAAUUUACAUUUCUUCCAAGUUUAUGAAUUCAUAUUUGUAUAUUUGUCCUCCAGCACACUUGCCUCCAGUUUUCUCCAACCCUGAAGUUAGAGAUCCUGAUGAAAGCAGAAAGCAAACACACAUUCCCUCCUACCAGCAAAUCAACUGCGUAGACAACAUUAUUAGAUAUUUGGACGGUUGUACAGGCCCAGCCCUUAAGCGGAAAAGUGAAUGUCGUUCCCUUGGCACCUCUUCUUCCUCAUCCUCUACCUCAGAAGAUGACAAGCCUGCUGGAACCAAUGACACAACUCAAGCUACUUCCGAUGUAGUGGUGCUAGACAGCGGGGUGUCUGUGGGCCCAAGCACAGCAGCGGUGGUCGGAGCUCCUCUGACGGACAUCACCAUGUCUACUAAGGCAAUGAGUGUGGUGUCUGUCACCAGUCAGUGCUCAUACAGCAGCACAAUUGUCCAUGUGCCUCAGCCUGAAUCAGAGGUUACAGCUCUGGAGGAUGUACCAAUGGGAAGCGAGCCUACCGAUCCUGCUCCAACCUCCGUCCGCUUGGCUCCGAGCCCUGCUGCUGAGGAACCAAGGUUUGUUGGUCUCACCAAAGAGGUGCUGUCGGCUCACACACAGAAGGAGGAACAAGAGUAUGUGGACCGAUUCCGGAAUCGAAUCCUGCAGAGCCCCUACAGUUCUUACCUGCAGCUGGACAACAGCUCAAUGGCUCCCUCCCAUCACAGAGGUGAAUACCCACGUCCAGUAAGUGGUGGGUUGAACCGCUCUCAAAGAGGAAAGCCCCGACCUAAGCGACCCAAACCCCAAGGCUCCUCAGACAGCUAUGCCUCCCCAGCUGGACCUCCUCGUCGUGUCCCAGAGUCCUCCUGGCCCUCCUCAGAAUCCUCCCAACCCCAAAUGGCAGCACCCCCUCUCCAAGCACCGUUCUUUCCCAUGAUGGCGACCCAGCCGGCCCCAGCACAACCCCCAAGACCACAACAGCUGUCUGGGCCCUCUCCUAUGGCGAUGCAGCCCCCUGACCAGAGCCAGUUCAGCUACAACUACAGCUUCGUGCAGCAAACCCAGAACAUGCCAGGCAUGCAACCUAUACAGAUGGAAUCCAUCCAGAAUCUACAGAGUAUUUAUAAUUUUCCCUGCAUGCAGCCAAUGGCUCCAGUGCAGUCUAUCAACCCCUUCAUGACACCUGUCAUGGCUGUCAUCCUUCCCAACCACCCAUCUUUCACUUCAGGUUAUCCUUCUAUUUACCCACCCUCCACUGUCUCUAUGCUGCAUCAGGCACCCAUCACCAUGGCAGGGUUCGCCCCUACUGCCCCCUUCCCACAACCUCAGUUCCAGGCGCAGCCUGUCCUUCAACCCCAGACCUUGCCUGGCCCCCUGCUGGGUUCGCCGAGACCCUGCUCUUCUGUCGGAGAGGAGGAGGAAGCUGCCGGCCCACGGGCUCUGUUCUCCAGCUCUCGCUCGAGUUCUCCUCUUCAGCUCAACUUGCUGCAGGAGGAGCUUCCCAAAAUGAGUGGAGGGCAGAGCAACCAUGCUGAAAGCCUUCUUGAGCAGCGUGACAACAAGUGUGACGUCCCGAGUGACUCUGGGAACCAUGACGCUCAGUCUACAUCCAGUGAGCUGCUUGACCUGCUGCUGCAAGAAGAUGCACGGUCAGGGACUGGUUCUAACGUCUCCGGGUCUGGGUCAGGGGAGUCUGGAGGCUCACUAGGAUCAGGCUCCGGUUCUGGCUCCAAUGGCACCUCUACCACACACACUGUCAGCAGCAACAGCAGCAAAUACUUUGCCAGCAACGAUUCGUCCGACACUUCACGCAAAGCCAGAAAAAGCCAGGAAGCGCCGGCGGAGCUCCAACGCAGCUUUGACAAUCAGGUGGAAAACUCGAUAUGGAGCAUGAUCCAGCACACGUCGGAAGGUGUCAAGAUGACCUACCAGAUCCACACAAGGGACCAGAAUGAGGUGUUGGCUGAGGACAGAGAGAAGCUGCAGGUAUUUCAGCCUCUCCAGCCUUGGUUCAGCCAGGAGCAGCAAGAGGAGCUCGCUGCCGUCCAUCCCUGGAUCCAGCAGCACACAAUCCCACAAGCGAUCGACACACAGGGUUGUAUGAGCUGCAACACCGGUGCAGGGGUGACCCACUCCCCUCCGCCCCCAGACCCCGAUAGCUCGUCCCCUCUGGAGAUCCUGGAGCCGGACUCCCUUGUGGACACUUGAGAAAGCCGCGGCCCCCAAACAACCAUCAACGUCAACAACUCUUACCACACAUCUUGUCUAAACAGGCCGGAGGACUACGUCUCUGUGCUUUAAUUGAACUUGAUUUGUAAAGAUACCCAGGGAUGGAUGAACCCUGAGGAGAGGCAGCAAGUGCGAAAGGCAUUUUAAUUUUACUGGUUUUCACUCCCAAAGUGACCCAAACUGACCGCUUUCAUCGGACCAUGACUAUUACACCUCUCCGUGUUUUUUUCUUUUUAAGCGCAGGUUUAUCCUCUGGCGUCAGUCCAUGCAUAUUGCAGGAAGACCCCAUGGUCGCCACUCCUGGAUCAUGAAUACUGGGCACACAAGUGACUGGACAAAGGGCCCGAUUCAAAGCAUCAGAACACACAAUGGAGUACAGGUUGGACCACUUCAUCAUGAGGGUUUUUUUUUUUUUUUGGAAACGGGUCUCACUGUUCCCAUCCCUGAUCAUGGCACGGACACCAUCUUGGAUGGAGACAUUGGUGGUCCAAACACAAACAUUCAUGGACCCAGAGUACUGUUUGUACAGUACAUGUACCACAAGAAUUAUUUUUCAGUAACUCAAAGACACACGUGCUGAAUUCUGUUAAUAUUGCUCUUCAUCUUUUUGGUUCCGUUGCUGCCGGAAAUUCAUCUCUGGUGAUUACAGGUUGAUUGUCUCUGGUCGAGUACCUCCUCGUCAUGUCUUUUGGACUCACAAAAACGUGGAUUAUUUAAAGGAGGUGUAAUCUCUCUCAAAUCCCGCCUCGUCCAGGUUCUUCUACUCACUCUCACAUGAAGUUCCUUGUCUGGUGACGAAUGGGCUGGUCCAAAUGUUGUGCCGUUAGCGAAGGCGGUUGCGUGCGAGCUCGCGCAGGACUGCUGCUUCCUUUAAUGAGGUAGACAUGGUGUUUCAUAUAUAUGGUACAGGCCAAAAGUUUGGACACACCAUCUCAUUUCAAUGAGUUUUCUUUAUUUACAUGAGAUGGUCACUGAUUGCAUCAAAACUAUGACACCUGCAAAGUGAAAACCAUUUCAGGCUACCUAUUGAAGCUCAUCAAGAGAAUGCCAAGAGUGUGCAAACCAGUAAUCAGAGCAUAGGGUGGCUAUUUUGAAGAAACUAUAACAUAAAACAUGUUUUCAGUUAUUCCAUAACUCCACAUGUGUUCAUUCAUAGUUUUGAUGCCUUCAGUGACAAUCUACAAUAGUCACGAAAAUAAAGAAAACUCAUUGAAUAAUAAGUUGUGCCCAAACUUUUGGCCUAUGUAUGUAUGUAUAUAUGUAUGUACUGUAUGUAUGUAUGUAUGUAUGUAUAUGUAUGUGUGUGUAUAUGUAUGUGUGUAUGUAUGUAUAUAUAUGUAUGUAUAUAAAUAUAUGUAUGUAUAUAUAUAUAUAUAUAAAUACAUGUAUGUAUAUAAAUAUAUGUACAGUAUGUAGAUAUAUAUAUAAAUAUAUGUAUGUGUAUAUAUGUAUAUAUAAAUAUAUGUAUGUGUAUAUAUAUGUAUAUAUGUUUGUGUGUUUAUAUAUAUAUGUAUGUAUAUAUAUAUAUAUAUAUAUAUAUACACUACACUACACUACACACACACCGCAGGCCUUUUGAAUAUUUCCCUAAUUCUGAGUUCUCAUCGUUGGCUAGUAUGCGCAUACAAGCCGCAAGCAACCUGAGCUUUCUCCUCCGAGGAAAACAAAAAGACUGCAGAAGGUCGCAACUGGACUGUUUGGUUUGUCUUAGCAGAUGUUUCGCCUCUCAUCAUGAGUUCAUACUCAAAGACACAGACAGAUUGGUCCGAUUUAGUCCAGCGGCUGGUGCCAAAACCCCAAAUAUUUAUACUCCAAAACCAGGAGGGUGUGCCUGGACAAGGAUGGUUUCGCCCUAUGGGUGUGAGGAAAAACAAGUGUUUUGAUGCAAUCCUAAUCGUCAAAGCCAACGACAGUCGUUGAAGUGUAAUUUCCCCUCGUUAGCGUUGAGGUAUUGUGUGGCAGAACUGAUCGCUGUGGAUCGACUACUACCAGUCCAAAAUAGUAAGCAUUCCAGUCAGUUGUGAACAAUGAGGUGGCCAGAAUGUUUCCAACUCCUGUCACUUGUAGGAGGCUAAAUUGCAGAGUCUUUUAGGAAUGGUUGAAAGGACAGUGUUGUAUGUGGGAGACAGGUGGCAUCGCAGACCACCUCCUCAGUUCAAGGACGGUUUUUCAACCUUGGUUUGCCGCUGCGUUUGUGUUUUGUUUUGCCCAUGAUGGUGGAUUGUAUGACAUUGAACAGCAUGCUAGUCAUGGUUAAGAAUAAUAACGACAAAACCAAUGGAAACCUGUUGUCCGCCAAGCAACACCAACAACCAAUCGGAAGUCAAGCGGCAAAUCCUUUUAUUUAAGAAAUAUAUUUAUUUUGAUAUUUUUGAAAUUUUCCAUUAAACUGUAUUUGUUGAGCACUUUGUUUCCCAUGUAGCCUAUUCAUAUUACCACAAAACAUGCAUUUAUUUAAAUUUAAGUUAGUAUUAUUUCAUCCCAAAAAAAAAAAAAAAAAGAGUAUGGCUGUUGUUCUGAAAAAAAGUGCUCCCCUUAAACUUACUUCCUACUACACUUACUGUCACCAGGUUUUGAGCAAAUCUAUGACUUGCAGUUUAGUAAAACAUAUUUUUUUUUAAAUCCUGUAUGACAUGCAUUUGUAUUUAAAUAUUGGGGUGUUUUCUUCAGCACAUUUUCUCCAUGCAAGCAAAUAAUCCUAUGAUUAUUCACAAUUCAAGUGUGAUUAAUGUAAUUAAAAAGAACUCACUUGACCGCCCUAAUUUAUGUAUACCGGUGUGUGUGUGUAUAUAUAUAAUAUGUAUGUGUGUGUGUGUGUAUGUAUAUACAUCUGUUUAUAUUUAUGUAUGUAUAUAUAUAUAUAUAUAUAUAUAUAUAUAUAUAUAUAUAUAUAAUGUAUGUGUGUGUGCUUAUGUACAGUAUGUAGAUAUACAUGCGUGUGUAUAUAUAUAUACAUAUAUAUUUAUGUGUGUGUAUGGAUAUGUCUAAAACUGUGUAUAUAUAUAUUUAGGGAUGGAAUAUACAUAUGUAUGUGUAUAUAUAUUUAUAUAUAUAUAUGAGUGUGUAUGUAUAUGUGUGCCAGUAUGUAUGUAUAUAUGUGUGUGUAUGUAUAUAUGUUUGUAUAUAUAAAAAUAUAACUGUAUAUAUAACGUAUAUGUAUAUUUAUGUAUAUGUAUGUAUAUAUAUAUAUAUGUGUAUAUAUAUAUAUGUAUAUAUAUAUAUGUAUAUAUAUAUAUAUAUAUGUGUGUGUGUGUGUGUGUAUAUAUAUAUAUAUAUAUAUAUAUAUAUAUAUAUAUAUAUAUGUAUGUAUGUAUGUGUGUGUGUGUGUGUGUGUGUGUGUGUGUGUAUAUGUCUAUAUAUGUGUAUAAUAUAUACAUAUAUUGAGGGAUGGGAAUAUACAUAAGCAUGUUAAAAUAUAUGUAUAUAUAUAUAUGUGUGUGUAUAUGUAUCUAUAUAUAUAUAUAUACAUACAUACAUACAUACGGUAUCAUGGUAUUUUGUAGGAAAAUGUACACCAAACUUCACAAAAGCAUACAAAAGCCGUUUGUCUUGAAUUCAGGGACUGUUUGUGACACAAAAGAAUGAAUAAAUUAACUAUGAUGUCUGA